UGUAGACUUGACGCCUGCUUUCCAACCUGCUGUGGCUGUGACAGUGGAGUGGAGGCGCAUUUGGAGGAACCACGAAGGCGAGCUCCGUCACUGUGGGUUAAAAUACGACCAGCUUCUGCUCCAGAAACACAUCUCUCAGUGACGGGGAGACAGACGGCGACGGGAGGAGUUUGGCUGGCGACUGUGAGGCGUAAAUGGCCACAAUAUUCCCUACAGAGACGCUGCUGUUUGUGAGACUACCUGUAUAGCAAAUGCGUCCUGUGCAUUUGGACGUUAAUUUUUUAUAAAAACACGUGACGGAGGUUUCUUUCUUUCUUUUUAUUUUAUUUUUCUACAUUUUUGUCAGUUUUUGAUCUCCUUGCUACAGUCAUGGACGACGACAACCAAGUGCCCGAGGACCUGUCGCUAGAGGAGAGAGAUGAGCUGUCGAACAUACGGCGCAGGAAGAAGGAGCUGCUGGAUGAUAUUGAACGGCUGAAGUUUGAAAUCGCAGAAGUGAUGACUGAGAUUGAACAGCUAACCUGUGUGGGCGAGAGCAAAACAACACAAAGAAAUAAACAGAUUGCAAUGGGUAGGAAGAAAUUCAACAUGGAUCCUAAAAAGGGAAUCCAGUUUCUUCUGGAGAAUGAUCUUCUCCAGAACACCCCAGAAGACAUAGCGCAGUUCCUUUACAAAGGCGAAGGGCUGAACAAAACGGUCAUCGGGGACUACUUAGGGGAAAGGGACGACUUUAACAUCAAGGUGCUUCAGGCGUUUGUGGAGCUUCAUGAGUUUGCAGACCUCAACCUCGUUCAAGCCUUAAGGCAGUUUCUGUGGAGCUUCAGACUUCCUGGAGAAGCCCAGAAGAUUGAUCGUAUGAUGGAGGCGUUUGCCUCCAGGUACUGCCAGUGCAAUCCUGGCGUCUUCCAGUCCACAGAUACCUGCUACGUUCUGUCUUUUGCCAUCAUUAUGCUGAACACCAGCCUUCACAAUCCCAACGUCAGAGACAAACCCCCAGUGGAGCGCUUCAUCUCCAUGAACAGAGGGAUCAAUGAGGGGGGGGACCUCCCAGAGGACCUACUCAGGAAUCUAUACGACAGCAUCAAGAGCGAACCCUUUAAGAUCCCAGAGGACGACGGGAACGACCUGACUCAUACGUUCUUCAACCCAGACAGAGAAGGCUGGCUGCUUAAAUUAGGAGGCCGCGUAAAAACCUGGAAGAGGAGGUGGUUCAUCCUGACCGACAACUGCCUCUACUACUUUGAGUACACGACUGACAAAGAGCCUCGCGGGAUCAUCCCACUGGAGAAUCUCAGCAUCAGGGAGGUGGAUGAGCCCAGAAAACCUAACUGUUUUGAGCUGUACAAUCCAAAUCACAAAGGCCAGGUGAUCAAAGCCUGCAAGACGGAAGCAGACGGGCGGGUUGUCGAGGGCAACCAUGUGGUGUACAGGAUAUCAGCUCCUACAGCUGAGGAGAAGGAAGAGUGGAUUAAAUCCAUCAAGGCCAGCAUCAGCAGGGACCCCUUUUACGACAUGCUCGCAACCAGGAAGAGGCGAAUCGCCAACAAGAAGUGACCAGAGACAAUCCUGCCGACCUCCAUCUCUCCUCUUAUCAACUUAAACUUUAUGCUGGAAAGCUGGCUCUUUAGCCCUAAAAAUGUGUGUUUUGUCCCAAAAAAUUAUGUGCACACGUCUGACGGGACAUCAAAACUCCAGGAUUUUAGGGAAAUUUGGCCCAUCGGACUUGCUUCUGAUCCCUCAUCAUGCUCAUCCCACCUCCCUACUCAUCGUCUUAACAUGUUUUUGUAUUUCUCUGAAGGACAACCGUUAUAUUUCAGGUGCACAUGCAUGCAUGUGGGUUACUAUAGAGCAGUUUGUGUUUGUUUGUGAGUGUGUGUGUGAGUGCAUGCCGUCGCCAUCUUUAGUAUGGUUGCAUAAGGGAUGCAGGUGUUCCUUUCACUGUGCUUUAUGAAAACACGUUUGGAAUCAGAUGACGCUGGGCAGGCAGGACGAGGAGACAGAUGGACACGUGUGAUGGAUGGUGCUGGGGGAGAAUGCAGCCUGACCCCAGCUGGAUCGUGUCAUCCUCUCACUCUGGUGCUGAAUUCUUCUGCCCUGGUGCCCUGCUCAGAGUAACCUCAGAAAAAGCUGGCUCACUUGGGAUUAUGGUGUUAAAUCAGCUGGGCUGAUUUCACCGAUUUGUGAGGAGGGGAGACUUUUGAAAUGUAAGUUUUUGUAUUUUAGUUGCAUAGAAAAUCGUUCUUUUGCCAAGAAUUUAGGGUUCUUGAAAGGUUUAGAACUGGAUAAUUCCAAAAAAUGUUCGUAUUUACCAAAUUUUUACAUAGCACAACCGCUCUGCUUUAUAAAAAAAUAUAAAUGAUCAUUUUAAAGCUUAAUUAAUUAUGUUUUUUUAUCAAUUGAAAUAUAGUCCCUCAUAAACAGUCAGUGCCAGCUUUAAUCUGUUAGGAUUUCACAAUAAAACAUUAAGUUAAGGCUAAGCUUGCAGCUUUUAUUUUGAAAAUGCACACUGAAAGUCAUUCAUUUAUGAAUCUUCACUUUUAAGUCAUCAUCAUUUGUCAGCUCAAAUCUUGAAAUACUGCACUAUUCAGAAUAUGAUGCAUAUUUUUUGUGGAUCUUUAAUUUAUAUGAAGACAGAAGAACAGAAAAUAUAAAUUUCAGCUUUAGAUGUGACAAAAACAAUAUUUUUCUGUUUCAGAAAAACAGAAGGAUUUAUGAUCAUAACUCUAAAAGCACUUUCAUUUGACUUGUAUUUCGUUUCAAAAGGUGGGGUUGAUUUAAAAGCAGUGGCUCAAAAGGUACCAGUCAAACUAAGCUUUUUCUUUUCUCUUUUCUUAUAGCGUCUUUGCCUGUUUGUGCAGGUUGUUGUGUAGUUGUGAUCCUGUUUGCAUUCAGUUUGUAAUAAUUCUUGCUUGCUUUUAUGUUCCAAUUUAAGAAUUUCUGUACAAAUAAUCUUUUGGGGUCUUUUUUUUUUUUGUAUUUAUUUUUAUUCGUGAAAUGGUUUUAAAACUACCUGUAAACGUUACACAACGUAUGCUUAAGUUAUGCAUGUAGAAAUACCGUGUGGUUGUUGUAGUAUGCACAUUCUGUGUAACAAGUUUGGGGUCUUGUUUGCAAAAGCCUUAAACAAAGUCAUCAGAAGCUACGGGAUGUUGAUUAGGAUGAAGACAUUAUUGCUGCAUAACUGUGACAAAGCUGUUAAAAAAAGCCAUGACUGAUGAGCAGGACAAGCUUGUGUUUUAUGAUGAAGCUAUAAUGAAUAUGUUUGAUGUUAAUAACUAAAGGAAUAUCAGCGAUGAUGAAAAAUAGAAUUGAUAAUGUCAAAAAAUACCAAUAGUUUUCUACGUGAUUGUAAAUGAACCAGAAAGCCUUGUGGUCAGGGCACAAAUAUUAUCUUCUAUUGCCUUGUCAGGGCGUGUAGUUGCAUUAACUUUUAUAUUCUCUGUAAAAAAAAAAAUGUAAUGGUUACAUUGUACAUUAUGUGUAUCUACAUAAAGUAUACAUAAAGCUUAA